CUCUUCCCACGGUGAUUCCCCCGGGUGAAAAUCGAUUAAACAGACCGCGAUGUCGUCGCCAAGGUUUUCCAGUUCCGAUCUCGGCCCGUCCAUCGUCCGCGGAAUAGCGCUGGGUCAACAAAGUCUAGAUCAGCCUUCGUCGACGGCUCGCACCCGGUUUUCGACCGUCAACGAAACCGUUUCACCGACGGUACCGAGUUCCGGUGGCACCGACGGAGGCGACUUCCUUGAAGGAUUGAUCGUUCCUCUCUAUGCGACGAUAUUCGUCCUGGCUGUCAUCGGGAACUUGUUGGUCGUCAUCACUCUCGCAAAAAACAAGAGGAUGCGCACCGUGACCAACGUUUAUCUGCUCAAUUUGGCUCUAUCAGACCUGCUGCUCGGUGUCUUUUGUAUUCCGUUCACUCUCCUGGGACAAAUGCUCAAGAAUUUCGUAUUUGGUACGACGAUGUGCAGGCUGAUACCCUACUUCCAAGCUGUUUCAGUUUCUGUGAGCGUAUGGACGCUGGUCGCGAUAUCCCUGGAGAGGUACUUCGCAAUUUGCAGACCGCUCAAGUCGCGCCGUUGGCAAACGCGGUGUCACGCCUGUAAGAUGAUCGCGGUUGUCUGGGCGGCUAGUCUCAUCUGGAACGCUCCAAUCCUGCUAGUUUCAAGCCUGAAGGAUAUCAGCGGUGGUCGACAAAAAUGCAGAGAAGACUGGCCGAGCAUCGCCGCUGAAAGAGCGUUUAAUAUAUUUCUCGACGUGAUACUGCUGAUCAUACCUCUGAUCAUGAUGACGCUCGCGUAUUCACUGAUCGUGACGAAAUUGCGACGACGAGAAAUUCAGCACAGCUCAAGCUGCCAGAGGCAAAUCCAGCGGACGAGCUCGUCGGCUACGGUGAACGGAUCCUGCCGACCCAAUUCCUGCAACGAGACCAGCAGCGCCAAGGUGAUCGUCACGUCCCUUAGACAGCACAGGCCACUCUCGUCCUCCGAGUACCUGCAAGGAGUUCGAAGGACGAAGUCGCAAGGAGCCCUGGCCCAGGACGGGGUGUCAAGGAAGCCCCGACAAGCGACGUCACGCCGAAGAGCCGAAGCGGUGAAGCUCUGGCUAAUGAGAGGCAUGGUGCAGAUACCGAGCUCUGGAGCCCCGAGGGUCGUCGCCUGCAGGAGCAGGAGCGGAACAGCUCUGUCCUCGUCGAUCCAUCAUCGCGACAAGGGGGUCCAAAUCGAGUCCGAAAACGCCGACGAGUCCGAGAACUCCGUUGGCGAAGAGCAUCACGACACCACCUACACCUUCAGCAGACACGCGAUACGCAGCAACUACAUGGACAAGAGCAUCGAGGCUAAGAAGAAGGUGAUCGUGAUGCUCUGCGUGGUGAUGCUGACCUUCUUCGUCUGCUGGACGCCGCUUUACGUGGUUCAUACGUGGUACCUCUUCGCCCCCAAUAUGGUCUACAAGAUCGUUGGGCGAACGGGAAUCAGCCUGAUCCAACUACUGGCUUACUGGUCGAGCUGCUGCAACCCGUUCAUAUACUGCUACAUGAACCGAAACUUCAGACAGGCGGUGAAGAGCGUGUCCUACGAAUGUUGGAGCGCUUACUGCGGAUGCGGAAACGAAACUAUCGGCGGCUCUGGAAGCGCUGUGCGCAAUGGACCCCAUCAUGGUGCCAACAGCGAGGUGAGCGGUAACGACUCUACAAUUUACCUGGGGCGGGCGUCCAUCAUGGCGAGAACCGAAGUAGUCCUCCUCGAAGCGGAGGAUCGUGUUUAGCAGCGGCUGCGGGUCGAACGGAUUCCAAGAGUCAACAGGAAGCGGAAACGCCUCGAUAGUCCUCGUCGGUGGCAGCGGAAACCCGGCUUCAUCCUCCGGAUCAGCGGCCAAUCAGAAAACCGGAAACGCCGGAACUUUCGGCUCGCCUUUGAUCUGCGCCAACGGCGACGCGGACGGUUUUCUGGUCCGGAUUUCCUGGCGACCACCGCCUACGCCUGGUCCAGGCUUGACCCCCUCGACCAUCUCAGGUCAGGGUCAGGGUCAGGGUCAAAAUAACCUGAACAUGCAGUGUCAGUACCUACCGAACCAGACAUCGAUCCCGAGCCCGAGAAGUCCGAGCUAUUAUUUUUCCGCUCUGCAUCUCUGCUCGUCGGGUGGUUCCUGCUCCGGGGAUGAUUCGAGGGUCCUUUACGAUUGAUUGCGAGGAAGGCGUGGAAACGAGGGAUGAGGACGCAUCAGGGAGACCGGAUACGUCGCAUUUGAAUGCGCUGCAAGACUGUGGAUGCGCAGAGUUCAGGUGACUCGGAGCGGAUUCCUGCACGACGAAUUUUUCAUCGCCAUUUGUUAAGCCGACUUGACGAAUCGAUGAUCGUUUGAUGGUUCAAGUCCGACAUCAGACAAUUAUUAUAGAAUACAGAUUGAAAAAUCUUUCUCACCUGAGGGAAGCUGAUCAAUACACAUACAAAAUUGAUGAUGAGAUUGUAUAAAAUUGCAAAUAAUUAUCUAUAGUUGAUGAUCGAUGUAUUGUAUAAAUCAGAUAAUUAGUAGUAUGUAUAUGCCUGUAUUGUUAUACAAUUAAUUAUGUACAUAUCGCAAAGGUUCUACCUAAUUGUACGCCAUUAUGAAUAAUAUUUCCAUGCGCACAAUUGUUACACGUGCUUAUUAUCGACGGAUCUGCAUUUUCACGUAUAUAUAUACAUAUAUACAACGUAAUAUGUAUACGAAAUUAAUAACAAUAACUUUUUACCGA